GUUCAAUCGCUGUCAAUCAACAGGUCGAAGGCAAGGCAAACGACGAGCUAACUAGCUCUACGGCAGAGUGAAUGGAGUAGAGCAGCCUCCGUUUACUAACCUAUUUAUUUUAUUUAAUCUAUUUUUAUUUGAAAUCUGUUGUUUGGAUGAUCUGUGGCGGAAAGAGAGUGUCGGAGAAUGGUUGUUCCCGAUGGUGGAAGUGUGAUUCAUCCAGCAGAUAAUGGUACAGAUGAGGUGAUGUCAAGCUCUGAGCCUGGAUUUGAUCAGAACCUGACCGGGGUGGAGUUAGAGGAGGUCCGUAAACUACAGGAGCUGGUGCGACGCCUGGAGGUUCAGAAUCAAGCCCUGCGAAACAGAGGCAACAAACUGGUGCUUAGCAGCACCGGCAACAGCAAUCUCACGGCGGGAAAUAACAUCAACCACCUCCAGACGGAGGUCACGGACUCUUUUCCCCGAGCCGAGGACUCUGGGAACUUUGAGCUGUCGCCUCCGGCAGGCAGUGAUGGCAGUGGGGAGAUGUCUCCAUUGCCUGAAACCACCAGAUCAGAGGAUAAUGAUGAGCGAGAUGGGUUCUUGAGUCUCCCCUGUGCUUCUGGGUCCAACCAAACACCGGGACAGUUUGCUGCGAGUCCGUUUCCGGAUAGCUGUGAUUCAGAGACGCCAGGAGAAAGUAAUGCGGCUAUGGACCAGACUGCCCUGGAUGAAUUGGAUGUCCUGGAUUUAGAGAUGUGUGCUGAGGUGGAGGAUGAAGAUUGUUGGUUGUAUGUGUCACCGAAGAAGCAGGUAGCAGAACAGGGACCUGAGUCCCCGCUGAAAUGGUGCAGGAAGGUUCUCGAUCACCCCAGUCCAGAGACUGAAGUCGCCUGUCGGACUCUAAUCAACCGACUAGACCAAACCUCACGAUGGAAGAACGUGUACAGCAGCCCAUCUCAAACUCCUGAUGCUGGCGUCUCAGCUGCUACUUCUGCUGGGUACCUCAAAUCAACUAACAAAACACUACUAACCUCUGGCAGCUCAGGUUACAUGGGUGCCCAAUCAGCUCUCAGCUCACAAUCUUCUAUAGACAGUGAAUUAAGCACAUCUGAUGACUCCAUCUCCAUGGGCUACAAGCUUCAGGACCUGACUGAUGUUCAGAUCAUGGCCCGUCUUCAAGAAGAAAGUCUACGGCAGGACUACGCCUCUACCUCAGCCUCCCGCCGCAGCUCCUCGGCCUCUCUGCAGUCUCUGCGACGAGGCACUUACAGCGAUCAGGAGUUUGACACCUACAGUCAGGAGGAUGAGGAGGAUGAAUGCUGUUCCCUGCCGCAGCACCUCCAGCGUUACUCGCCCUCUCCCCACAGCUCUCCACGUUGCCUGUCUCCCAACACGCUGGCUGAGUACAGUCGCCUGGCCGCCCCACGUCCGCGCAUGUCCCGAAGGUCCCUGCAGGGCCAAGGUGCCAAGAGUGAAGAAGAACUAAGACACAGCAUGCCUAACCUGACCCCGCGCACCAGCCUGCGCUCUCUGGAGGCCGUAAGAAACAGCCGCAGCAUGGAGGCUAACUUACAGAGCUCAGUCAACCGCACAUCCCGUCUGCCCCUCUCCCCCACAGGUGUAUCCUCCUCACGACCGAGAGGCGAUGGCCAGUCUCCACUCUCACUGCGGACACCCAUGAAAGCUCUCGGUCCUGUGGGCUCUAUGGCAGCAUCACGACAACCAGCCAGAGGGUCAGCGAGUGCCCAGGGAGGAUCCUUAUCAGGUAUGAGAAGAGUACAGUCACCCGGUCCCUCGAACGGAGCAGCGUACUCGGGCAGCAGGAGUGCUGGGGUGGCCAGGCAAACACCAGGGAGAGGCACAGCACCAGCAUCACCCUCCUCCAGAGGAAGAAUUCCUCAGACAUCCAGAAGCAGAUCAUUGGGAAUGACCAAACCAGGUGCUCUCACUGAUGAAUCGUGGAAAGAUGGUUGUUACUGAAGCCCCGAGAGACACUUGUGUCGUCUUCACAGAUAUGGUGCAGAAAAUCUACACAGAGGCUUUAAAACAAAGAGUUGUUAUGCUUGUGUGAAUCAUCUCUAAGCCUCGAGAGUGAUGAAGAGAUCUGGCAACAAACACUGAUGUUGUAAUAUGUUGCUUGUUUAUAAAAUGUCAAUAUGCUUUAUUUUCAUGAAACCUGGGGAAGCUACUUGAAUACGAAAUGUGUCCUGUAAUAUGUUAAUCUGUGUGAAACGAUGUGUGGAAUUUAAUUCCUAGACUGUGGAGCAAUCUGAUAUUGAUUUUGCAUGUUUGCCUAAUUUUAGAAAUGAAGGAAAUAUGAUUUAUAUGUGGAAGUUUUUAAAACUCUUAAUUCGAUGGUGUAGCUAUAUUCUGGCAAGAAGGAAAUUUUCUAGACAUAACAGAGCAAUAUCUUGAGUAAUGUUUUCUCCGACCUCAAACGUGAAAGAAGAAAAAAACAACUGAAAUUGAGGUCAUGGUGUGCCAAGGUGCAUAACUACUGCAACACUGUCUCUCAGGUUUAAGUUGCUACACUUUUCACUCCAUAGAGAACUCUGAAUUUUAAUAUGGAUGCCUGUAUUGUCCAGAUGUAAAAAGAUGCACUAAGCCAGUAAAACCUAAAAAUAUCUGAGUAUGCAAUGAUGAGCAGAGUGCCUCAGAAAAUCACAAACUGUAAUAAAUCCAUUUCAGCAAUAAACUAAAUUGAAGUGC